UCUCACUCCCCUCUCUCGCGACGUCCUCGGUGGAGAGCAGUGUGUGUGUGUGUGUGUGUGUGUGUGUAUCAGUGAGGAGCACCAUGCUGACACACACAGCCCGGGUCGCUCUCUCUCUCAUCGCCGUGUUCCUGCUGCUGGACAUCACCAAAGUCGGAGGAUCCGUAAUCGGAGAAACACGGAGAGAUGAGGAAGAGAGGAACAAUGACACCGCAACAGCCCCUUUACAGGUCAUGGUAAUCCCCUCACAUGUACAGAUCCAUGUAGGACAGAGGAAACGUGUUCUGUGCAGAGCGACGGGAAAAUCUGAGAGCGUCGUCUGGAUCGGCCCCGAUGGAGGGAGCAUCUCAGAAAACGACAAGAACAUCAAAGCGCACAGACACGACGAGUGGACCAGCUCGCUCGUCAUCGUCUCGGCUCAGGUGGAGGACGCCGGCGUGUACACGUGUGUGGCUGAAAACACACACACCUCAGCGCAGGCCGAGCUCAACCUGGAGGUCGUGUUGAAGCGAGCCCGAAGAAAAGCAAAGAAGGAGGAAAGAGGAAAAAGACAGAAAGAACCCAAACCCACGAAGAAACCCAAGGGUGCAAAAACCACCAAGAAGCCCAAGACUGAUAAGAAAGACAAGAAGAAGAAAGGGAAGAAGGAUAAAGAGGUUACCACCACCACUUUACCUCCCACUACUACCACCACCACCACCACCGAGCCGCCCACCACCGAGCCGCCCACCACCGAGCCGCCCACCACCACCUUUCCUCCGAUCGACUACGAUGACGAGUUUGUGGAUCCUUUUCCAGAUGACUACUGGGAUGAAGAAGAAACCAAAACCACCACAGUACCCCCUGAUACCCCGACACAGAAACCUACAGAUGAUCGUGAUCUCUUCCCAACAGAUGAAUAUUCGCAGCCUUUCGACUCCGAUGAUGACUACUGGAAGGUUGAUGAGCCUGAGCCUACAGUCCCAGUGAUCAGCGGCAAAGGCAAAGAAGAAGAUGAUUAUUGGGACCCUACAUUCGAGGUGCCAGAAAGCAUACCAUUCCCGGACGGUAAAGAGAUCAGCCCUACUGACCCCGACUGGAGUUACACUAUUACGGAGGAGCCCACAGUCCCUACAUAUGAAAACAAGUGGUACGAGGAGUAUGACUACACGGUACACGAGAAGAAAAAGGAUGAUGAGCAGGAGAGACUGGAGAGAGAGAGGGAGAGAGACUGGAAGGAGAAGGAGGAGAGAGAGAGGGAGGAGAGAUGGAGGGAGGAAGAAGAGGAGGAGGAGGAGAGGGAACGCAGGAUCAAAAAACCUCCACGCAUCUACAGAGAGCCGAAAAUUUGUCCUCCACUGGGACUGGAGUCUCAUCGCAUCGACACUGACCAGCUGCAAGCGUCCUCCAUGUAUCAUCAUCGCUACGGCUCUCACAGAGCUCGCCUUAACAUCCAGGCGUCAGGAGACGAGUACGAUAUGAACGGAGGAGCGUGGUGCGCUAACCCCGACGAGAAGGUCCACUGGAUCGAACUGGACACUCGCACACUCACCGAGUUCACCGGGGUCAUCACACAGGGCCGAGACGACCCCAUCGAGAACGAUUACGUCACUUCCUACUACGUGGCCUUCAGUAAUGACAGUAGAGAAUGGACUUUGCUCCAUGAUGGAUACUCAGAAUGGCUGUUCUUCGGGAACUCUGAUAAACACACCCCCGUGAUGUCUCAGUUCAUGGAGCCGGUGGUGGCGCGUUACAUCCGCAUCCUUCCCCAGAGCUGGAACGGCACCGCGUGCAUGCGGCUGGAGAUCUUGGGCUGCCCUGUGCCUGAUCCCCUCAGUGAGAACCAGAGGCAGAACGAGGUGACUCCGAGAGAUGACCUGGACUACACGUACCACAAUUACCUGGACAUGGAGAAGUUGAUGAAGUCCAUUACAGAUGAGUGUCCCAACAUCACCAGGAUGUACAGCUUGGGAAAGAGUUCAAAAGGCCUUGAUAUCUACGCCAUGGAGAUCACUGAUAAUCCCGGGAUCCAUGAGACGAGUGAGCCGGAGUUCCGCUACACAGCUGGUUACCACGGUAACGAGGCACUGGGUCGAGAACUCCUGAUGAUGCUAAUGCAGUACCUCUGUAAGGAGUACAAUGAUGGAAACCCGCGAGUGCGCACCCUGGUGGAUGGAAUACGCAUUCACCUCGUACCCUCGGUCAACCCCGAUGGUCAUGAGACAGCUUUCGAGAAGGGGUCUGAGCUGGGCAGCUGGACACUGGGCCACUGGACUGAGGAUGGACACGACAUCUUCCAGAACUUUCCAGACCUUAACACUGUGUACUGGAAUGCAGAGGACAAGGGCAUGGUGCCCAAAUUGACCCCCAAUCACCAUGUGCCCAUUCCUGAUGGCUAUCUGGCUGAAAAUGGACCCCUAGCAGUGGAGACACGGGCCCUCAUCUCCUGGAUGGAAAGCCACCCAUUUGUCCUAGGAGCCAACUUGCAAGGCGGAGAGCGGAUGGUCACCUACCCCUUCGACAUGCGUCGCCUCACCAAAGAGUCUGAGGAACUGGAGAAGAAGCUGAAUCCCCGGGCUUAUCGUCGCAAGCGCCAGUAUGAAGAAGAGGAAGCGCCAGAAUCAAAUCCAUACCUCCAUAUCGGUUACCAUCAAGAGAGCUAUGGUGACCACCAAGAACAUCACGGAUACCAUCAAGAGAGCUAUGGUGACCACCAAGAACGUCACGGAUACCAUCAAGAGAGCUAUGGUGACCACCAAGAACGUCAUGGAUACCAUCAAGAGACUUAUGGCUACCACCAAGAAAGUUAUGGAUACCAUCAAGAGAACCAAGAAUACCACCAUCAGGAGAACCAGGGGUACCAUCAUGAGGGUCACUCUGAAGGGUACCAAGAAGGGUACCAUGAAGGAUACCAGGAAGGAUACCACGGAGGAUACCAGGAAGGGCACCAAGAGGAAGGCUACGAACAAGGGUACGGACAGGCAGAACCAGAGGAGAUCAGGGUGGUUGAGGACCAGUCCUUAUUCCGCUGGUUGGCCAUAUCUUAUGCUUCUACUCACCGCACAAUGACCCAUACAUUCCGGAGUGGUUGUCAUACCGAGGACCCCACCGGUGGGAUUGGAAUUGUCAACCGUGCCAAAUGGAAGCCCAUUCCAGGAAGUAUGAAUGAUUUCAGCUACCUGCACACUAACUGUUUUGAGUUGUCCAUCUUCCUGGGCUGUGAUAAGUAUCCCCAUCAGAGUGAGCUCCUGAAAGAGUGGGAGUACAACAGAGAGGCUCUGCUCACACUCAUGGAUCAGGUGCACCGGGGGAUAAAGGGGGUUGUCCGAGACAAGGAGGGGAACCCCAUUGUAAAUGCCAGUAUCUCUGUGGAAGGAGUCAGUCAUGAUGUCACCACAGGUGAGGCUGGCGAUUAUUGGCGCAUGCUGAAUCCUGGCGAGUAUCAGGUGACGGCACGGGCCAAUGGCUAUUCCUCCAUGAGCCGAAAGUGCGUGGUGGGUUUCGAACCAGGUGCCACCCUGUGCAACUUCGAGCUUAACAAAUCCAACUGGGACCGGAUCAAAGAGAUCAUGGCUCUCCAUGGCAACAAGCCCAUCCGACUGCUCAGCCCUGGAAGAGGCAGUCAGUAUACCUUCCGCGGUGACAGAAAGCUCAGCAACCAGAUUCCUAACGGUAAUGGUGGAUAUACUGAAAGAGGCCGUCUACGGCGCUUAAGGCUCAUAAGGCUUCGUGAGUUGCGGAAAAAGAGGCUGACAACAACAUUGCCACCAACGACCACAGAACCCACCACCCCCACCACCACCACCCCCACCCCGACCACAACCAAUACAGUUCCUCUGACCACAGAGGACUCCACAUUGUGGUAUGACUCAUGGCUGCCAGAGGAGGAAAACUCUACCCAACCAGAGCUCGAGAUCACAGACUCGUUGGAUUACGACUACGGAUUCAACACGGUUGAUUACUGAGACGGUCUGAGGGUCACGGAUGGGUCUUCAAGAACAUAGAGUGCUACUUUCUCCUUCUUUGGCAGAUUCAACCAGCAUGGACAAGCGCUCAUGGAAAGUUCUUGAACCAUCAGAUAAUGGGUUCUGAAGGAAGUACUUACAGAAGGGUCUCGUAGUCCAAGUGCUCUACCAAGAACUUGCUUUAUUUCAUCAGUUACAAGGAACUAACACCAUUCAACUUGCAAACAGGCAUCUCUGGAUCAGCAAGGUUGGACUUGGUGGGAAAUUUGAUCAUCCAGUUGCAAAUCUGGUCAUAUGACAUAACAAUGAUCUCCUUUUUACUUCUUUGGUAGCGCUUAGCGUAAAUUACAGCUUUCAACUGCACAAUUUAUUUCUUAAGCCACAUAAACUGUUUUAACCAACUAUCUAAACACCGCAUUAGCUACAUUUGCUAGGUGUCUACUGUCCUGCUUUCUAGCAAACUGUGUAAUGUCACAUGAUCAAGUUGACUUGUAACUGACUGACCAAAUUUAACUUAAGCUCCGUCCCUUUCUGACCAAGAGAAAGCCAUCACUUACCAUCACAAUAUAAACUCAUCUAUGCUGUUUUUGUUAGUUAUAAAUAAUGCAUUUUAACUGUUACAGGUUUGCAUUAGAUAACUGACGAAAUAAAACCAGUUGAUGUUAGCGUACUUAAAGCUGUAGGUCGCAGUAGUCUGCAGCUUUUUUUUUUCUUUUCUUUGAAGGCAAUAACAGGUUACACAUGUGGCGAUCAUAUUUUAUUAACAACUCCUCUGCAGCCUGCCACAUCUUUUUUUUUUUUCUUCUUCUUACAAUUACACUGGGCUCUAACUUCAGAAACUUCCCCAUCCCGUGUCCUUCAUCAACCCACAUGGUUCCCACAGAGCCAAAACUGAACAUUUAUACAAAAAAAGUGAUUUUAUUUACACUUCUUUCACACAAGUAAGCAACUCUGUCAGCACUGCUCAAUGUCUACAGGAGAUGUUUCUCUCAGAGAGACCUCGAGGUCGAAUGGACUUGUUGUUUCAUCCAAUAAAGGCUUGUUUAUGGUU